UGCGCCCUAGCUUCUUCAACCAGCGCCGUCACGAUUCACCGUUCCGGCCAAGCAGCAAGUUGCUGGGGGUUCACGAAGACGAAGCAAGCUUGCAAGCAGCAAGCUGCUGCAGCCUGCAAGUCUGCGCACGGAGGCCAGAGGCUAGAGGCUGCACGCUCCCACCUCCCAUGGCUCCGCUAAAUUGAUGGAGCGUUUCUAUAAAAGAAAAGCACCAGAACCAAAUAGUAAUGCAAUUGGGGGUUCACCUAAAGGUGAUAUCAAUUGGGAAGAGGAGAUUAAAUAUGAUCCAGGACUGAGGAAAUUAAUAGAUGAGUACCAUCCUAAUCAGAGAGAGAGGGUGAGAAGAAAGUAUUUGCAGAAUGGACCAUCGCAACCUCGCACAUGCAGUUUUCCAUGCUCAGAAAUUGGAGGAAAUCUGAGAAGAUUUAUUCUAGAAUGGUUUGAUGAGUUUGGAAGUUGGCUUGAAUACAGUGAAUCCAAAGACAAAGCUUAUUGUUUUUGUUGCUUCUUGUUUAGAGAUAAGAAAGAUCCUGGAUAUGACGCGUUUGUUGUUACUGGUUGGAAUGGCUAUCAUAGAAAAGAAAGGCUAAAAUUACAUGUGGGCAAUGUUGGUAGCUUACACAACAAAGCAAUGAAGAAGUGUGAUGAUCUAUUGAAAACAAAACAACAUAUUAAUGUUGCAUUUAGAAGUCAAAGUGAAGCGGGAAAGAAGGCAUAUUUGACUCAUCUAAAUGGGUCCAUUAAUGUCGCUAGGAUAUUAGUGAAGCAAGGCUUGUCUUUUCGGGGUCAUGAUGAAUCUGAGAAGUCUUACAACAAAGGAAAUUUUAGGGAAUUUCGUGAUUACACAACAGAGCAAAAUCCAGAAUUGCGUAAGGUAACAGGUAAAAAUGCAUCAGCUAAUAGUCUUUUAGUGGCUCCUGAAAUCCAGAGGGAUAUUGUUAAGUGCUUUGCAAAUGAAAUAUUGCAUUCUAUUCUUGAGGAACUUGGAGCUGAUGUUUUUUCCUUGCUAGUUGAUGAGUCUAGAGAUGUUUCUUGGAAAGAACAAAUGGCUAUUGUUUUGCGGUAUGUUGAUCAAUGUGGAAUUGUCAAAGAGAGAUUUGUUGGUUUGGUUUAUGUUGCAGAAACAACAUCAUUUCCCUCAAGUCUUCUAUUGAUGUCAUGUUUGCAAAACUUAAACUAAGCUUAAAGCAAGUCAGAGGCCAAGGCUAUGAUGGUGCCAGUAAUAUGAGAGGUGAAUUUAAUGGAUUGCAAUCACUAAUCAUGAGAGAAAGUCCCUCAGCUUAUUAUGUUCAUUGCUUUGCUCACCAACUUCAAUUAGUCCUUAUCACAGUUGUUAGAAAGCAUGAAGGUGUUAGUGAAUUCUUUACAAAGAUCUAUGACUUGUUGACUGUUGUGGGUGGCUCAGCUAAGAGGAGAGACUUGAUUAGAGAUAUCAAUCAUGAGCAUUUGAGUAAAGCGCUAGGUUGUGGACAACUUGAAACUGGGAUAGGUGAAAGGGAAAUGUGCCCUUGGGCCAUUUCUAAGUAUUUUGGUGAUUGAGUGCCAACAUAAGUGGACUUAUGGUAAUAUAUGCAAAGUGAUGGACAAAGUGCAAAUCAAGUCUAAAGGUAUGUUUCUAGACUUGGUACAUUGUUUUGGAGACUAA